AGCAGGAAGAUGGUAGCUUGGAGGCGACAGCUCCCCCACGUGCUUUUUCCAUGUGAUUUCUGAGCAUAGGCGUAAAUGCGAAGCGCCUCAACGCUGUGCAAAUGAGAAACCCUAAGUCACAGGAUGAAGUUUUCCACAUAGUGCAGCAAGGUGAUCUGGAGAAACUGAGGGAGUAUGCGAGUUCGGCAGAUGUGGAAUUGGACCACUUGGUGUCUCGUGGGUCUGGUGAUACUCCCUUGCAUGUGGCUGCUAGAAUCGGCGCUCUUGAUGUGAUCAGAUACUUGGUCUUGGAGUGUGGAAUUAAACAAUCCAUUGAAAAAGCCAACAAAGAUGGAAAGAGACCUCUUCAUGAAGCAGCCCUGUAUACCAAUCUUCAAUGUGCUAAGUUCCUCCUGGAUUAUGCACUGCAUGGACGAAGAGAGACAGUGGAGAUCCUGUUGAAGGUAAUGGAUCAAUUGGGUGAUUCUCUUGACCUCACUGACAGUUGUGGUACAACUCCACUAUUUGAUGCCCUGAGGGCAGGUCAUGUGGAUACUGCAAUGACCCUUGUUCAUACAGGCAAGGUUAAUGUUCAUCACAAGGACAAGUUGGGUCGCACUCUUGUGCAUGUUGUGGCUCAAGCUGGUCAAGUUCCCAGUCUUGAAUAUGUGGUGUCAGACCUGUGCUUGAAUAUAAACUGUCAGACAGAUGAUGGCACAAGUCCUUUGCACCUGGCAGCACGUGAGAAUCGCCUAGAAGCUGUGUCUUUCCUCCUCCAUCACAGAGCUAACCCUCACACAUUUGACUCAACCUCACUUUCACCAUUAGAUGUGGCUCGUGAGUGGAAGAGAGAUGCAGUUAUCAAGCUUCUCGUGGAUCAUGAAAAGGCUAAUGAGCAAGCUCCUGGUAUCACUUGAUUUGAAUCUGAGAAAAUCCAUAUUGUCAUGAACUCUCUUGUGUGGAGAAGUUUUCUGAAGUUACUCUACUGCCCUGAUGAUUUGAAAUUAGAAUGAAACCGUGAUAUUUGUUAU